CAGAAAGAGGAGCAGCUCCAACAGACAUCGCUGCAGGACGGACGAGAACCUCCACACAGCGCUGUGAAGAGAAAACGCACUGAGUUGUUGCAGGCAGAGAGGAGAUGCUGACUCUGCUGGUUCUGGGAUGGACGGCCUUGCUCAGCUGCCUGCAGCCAGCUACUUUCGCAGCCAAAUUUCCAUUGAGCAGAAGCAGCAAGUGGUCAGCUGAGAAAUGUGAACCUUUCUUCUUUUCUCCUCUUCCACCUCCGUUAUUUCCCCCAGUCAAACGGAAAGCAGAGCUGAUGGUUGAUAUAACGGAACACCUCACUGGACUGAAAGGGGAAAAGGGCUGCAGAGGACGCAGAGGUCCUGAGGGACAGCCUGGUGCGAUGGGUGCUGAGGGAGAACCAGGACCACAAGGAGCCAUGGGACAGCCAGGUCCAAAGGGAGAGAAGGGGGACAGAGGCUGGAGGGGCCUGUACGGGGACAUUGGAACUCCUGGGAUGAUAAAGGGAAGUCGGGGGCAUAAAGGAUCCAGGGGCGAUAAAGGUGUAAAAGGAAACGGAGGAGCCAGUGGAGAGAAAGGCGAACGUGGCAUCCCUGGAGCGCCAGGAGAGAAGGGCGAUCCAGGUCAAUGGGGUGUUCUGGGGCAGGUGGGUCAGCGAGGAGCCAGAGGAGAGCCUGGAGGUAGAGGCCCCAUGGGGUUGAAGGGAUCUCGUGGGCCUCUGGGGAAGCUGGGUCACCCUGGUCCAGCAGGACUGCCUGGUCUAACUGGAGAACCUGGGCUGCCUGGACAAAUGUACAUGGUACGAGGCCUGCAGGGAGACCCGGGAGACCGAGGCGCUUCAGCCAAAUGCAGCUGUGCACAGGUUCCAGAUCCAGAACAGAUGUUGGACAGAGUUCCUACGAUCUUCAUUGCAGACGGAGAGAAGCAGAUGCGGAGGCUGCGGGGGGAGAACGUGAUGGUGCUGAGGACAGACAGAAACGCUCUGUACAUCUACACUGACUCCCAGUGGAUCAACGUACUGGAGGCCCCAAGACACUGACCACACUCCAUUCAACUCAUACUGGAUACAGGAGCCCCCUAUGUGCAACUAAACAAAUAAUGCCAAAUUGAAGUGAGUCUUAACUUCAGCAUCUCUGCUCAUAUGAUUUACACAGGCAUGUUCCACACACAGCAUUUGCUUUUAGUAGCAGUUUUUUUCUGUGUAAGGUUUUCCUCUCAGUAGUUUUAUAUUGUGAAUCUACAGCACCCAGUAUUCUACUGGUGCUACAGUGAUCAGUAACAGAUUACCGUCUCCUGCCUUGGUGUCAUACUGGGGUUUCAGUCAUUUCAUCUUUAUCUUUAGUGCUAAAUUAGUUUGUAGGUUUUAAUCUCUAGCUUAUCCUAAUCUUUUCUUUUCAUUCAGGUUUACUUACGUGGGUUGAUAAUUGCAGCAGUUUAACAUAGACCGAGGUCUGUCUCCAGUUUUCUCAUCGCUUUGUUUUGAACAUGACUUCCUGACAGGCUGUAGAUCCACUUGUUUUGCAGAUCACUAGGUAGCCACAGAGAUGAGGUUCUCCAGGUCUCCACACAAAUUUAGAUUUGCCAUGAAAGGUAUGAAGUUUUGGACAGAUUUAAAUUUUGUACACCAGGGGUUUCUCCAGUGACUACACUAAGUAUGAAGCGCAUUCAACUGACUGUGUAGACUGUACCUUGUUAUGCUGCUGUAAUUCUGUAC